UAUCCAGGACAAGGUAGGAGAAAACCGCGUUUCAACCCUGCCCCCCUCAAACGUGCCAAAAUCGCGCACACGGCCAGUGGCAGAACUGCAGCGUCGCUGAAGGAAAGAAUGCCUUCAAAGCGGAAAGUAACCGGUCGCAAAAAUAAUUCUCUGGAAUUAAAGAAGCGUGAAAAGCAUCAGGCUUUUCUGAAAGAUUUUGACCUUGAAGUUGAUCGGCGGAAAAGAGAAAUGGAGAAAGCAUUGAACAGUCUACUCAUUCAAUUAGAUGCCAAUUACAGUCGUGCAAUUAUGAAACUCCCACUGGCUGUUAGACAAAUGAAUAACUUGCAUUACUUUGCUUUGGGUGGAAGUGCAGAUGCUGUGGCUGAAAUUGAACAAAAACGUAUUAAUGCUGACUGUUUGGAAGUGGAAGCUAUAGAGUCUGAGAUUUUGAAAGAUGCUACACAGCUGAAGACUACUAGAAAACGUAAACAGAAAACAAAGCGUGUCGAUGACGCAGCAAAUGAUGGUGAAAAUCUUCCUCCAUCAAGUAAAAUGUUCCGAAAGACCAAGCAAGGUGUUACCACCUCGGCUAAAAGUAGACCUCCCUCAUCAUCUACCACCAAUGGCCGGGUUAGAAGGACAAGUCGGAUCAAAGGGCAGAGCUCUGCAAAUACUUCUGAUAUUUGGGGACCCACACCACUGAUAACACCCAAGUUUGAUUUACGGUUGCCAGCGACAGCGGCUCGUGUGCGAAAGAUGGGGGAGCGUGUGUUUAGCUUCACGGGAAGCCCUCUCGUUGAUGCCACAGAAACAGAGAAUAAACAGGACAUCCAAAUUCUGGCCAGCAAGAUAAGCAGCACAGAUUUAACUGAACUGGAUGACCAGACAUUUAAAAGUAUUGAACAGCUAUCUCGUCAGCUCAAUGAAAUGUUGAAUACGACAAGAUGAAAGCAAAGAUGACAAUGUAAUUAAUUCAUGUGACUUGAUUAAAGUUUGAUAUUAUAUGGUUUGAAAGUGAAUAAACUUGUUAUUAAACAUUAUAGAUUUUGCAAC